ACUAGGAGGGCUGCGGGACUCUGGGAGUGUAUAUAAACCGCUGAAGGGACCGAGGUGGGCAGACGGCGUUGGAAGGCGACGGGGGUGGUCCUGUUGGGCGGGGUUCCAGCGCGCUGCCCAGGCAGUUUACGCGGCGUAGCUGGGCGCCUCAGCGGGGCGCCCCCGCACACAUUUCCGAGUGCUUGGCCGGGUCAGUCCCCCUCCAGCCGAACAUGGACUUCAGGGAAAUUCUCAUGAUAGCUUCUAAAGGACAAGGUGUCAACAAUGUGCCGAAUGGGGGAUUGAACUCCUGGUGCCGACCGUGUGGUGUGAAAGUGGUCACAGACAAGACAUGGAAGCUCUCAGCAGCUUUAGAAGAAAAAAGGAGAAAAGAAGCACUAGUGAAAAAACGAAUUGAGCUCAAACAUGACAAGAAAGCAAGAGCUAUGGCCAAGAGGACAAAGGAUAAUUUCCACGGCUACAAUGGGAUUCCUGUUGAGGAGAAGUCAAAGAGGAGGCCAGCGAUGGAAGGCCAUGCCAGCCAGGAAACAGAGCAGGAGCGCGAGAUGGGCGAGGAGGAGGACUUCUUGGAAUACAGUCAGGCCGAGUCAGAUCUGGAGUACGAGGAGGAGCAAGAGCCUCCCAGAGCAGAGAGCAAGCCAAAGGCCCCCCUUAGAAGUGCCCCGCCCCCCAUGAACUUCACUGACUUAUUGAGGCUGGCUGAGAAAAAACAAUUUGAACCAGUGGAGAUCAAGGUGGUGAAGAAAACAGAGGAGCGACCUCUGACUGCUCAAGAACUUAGGGAGCGAGAAUUCCUAGAACGAAAGCAUAGGAAAAAGAAACCGGAGACAGAUACAAAACUACCUCCAGCUGUAUCUAAAAAGGCGCCCUCUCAGAAAGAAAGUGUGGGCCCAACACUUAACAAAGUUCCUGGGGACAGAUAUCCUUCCAAAGGAAUGCCCAUUCCUCAUCCUGAGAAGAAAUCCAGACCCAGCACAGCCAGUGAGAAACCUUUAGCUUUGCCUGCAUCCAAAUCCAUCCCGGGAGAGAGGACCAAGGCAGGAUCUGGCAGCAGCUCCCAGCCCUCCCUUCGCGAGAGCCAUGACAGACCUGUUUUCAAUGGGGUUGGGAAGCCCCACUCCAGCACCUGUUCACCAAGUGUCCCAAAGACUUCUGCUAGCGGGACUCAGAAAUCUGCUACUGAGCACAAAGCCAAAAAAUUUCCUCCUUCCCAACCUAACCAUUCCAAACCUGGACCCACGGUCACUCCCCAGAGUAAGGCUAAGGGCCCAGGGGUCAGGCAGCCAGGCAGCACCUCCAGCUCAGCCCCAGGACGGCCUGGUGCAGGGACUGCUCGGCCCACGCUUAGUUCUGGCCCUGUGCCCAGGCGCCAGAAUGGCAGCUCUAGCUUGGCUCCCGAGCCAUCCGUUAGUGGGCCUAAGAAGCUGGCCAGUGACUCGAAUCCCUCUGGGCGGACAGUCAGUGGUACAAGUGGUGCUGGGCGACCUGCACACUGUGCAAGUGGCCCUGGACGACCCAUCAGUGGCUCAGGCAGUUCCUGGAGACCUGUGGGCAACUCUGGAGGCCCUGGACGACCUGUAAGCAGUUCACAUGAUCGGCGACCUGUAAGUGGCUCAGGGCCCCCUGGACGGCCAGUCAGUGGUCCUGGACGACCCCUAACUGGCUUAGUUCCAGCGGCAAGGACUGUUACUGGUUCGGGCCCUGGGCGACCAGUGAGCAGCUUAGGCUCUGGGCGAACAGUUAGCAGCCCAGGUCCCCCUGUAAGGCCCAAAUGCACUGUUGUCUCAGAAACAAUUUCUUCCAAGAAUAUUAUCAGCCGGCCCAGCAAUGGACAGAUGAAUGGAAUGAAGCCUCCCCUGUCAGGCUACAGAUCUGCCCAAGGUCCUCAAAGGCUUCCCUUCCCGACUGGCUACAAAAGGCAGCGAGAUUAUGAAGAGGAGGAAGAGGAGGAUGAAUAUGACUCAGAAAUGGAUGAUUUUAUUGAAGAUGAAGGAGAACCUCAGGAAGAAAUAUCGAAGCACAUUCGAGAAAUUUUUGGCUAUGACCGAAAAAAGUACAAAGAUGAAAGUGAUUAUGCCUUACGUUACAUGGAGAGUAGUUGGAAGGAGCAGCAGAAAGAAGAAGCAAAGAGUUUAAGAUUAGGUAUGCAAGAGGACUUAGAGGAAAUGCGACGAGAAGAAGAAGAAAUGAAACGUCGAAAGGCCAAGAAGCUGAAGAGACGUUAGUUGCUGCUUUUAUUUUUGUGAAAUUCUGGGAUCACUGCUGCAAGGACUUCCUGCCUUCAGACUGGAUGAAAUCCCCUUGUCCUUUUAGAUUUAUACUUGAGUACUCAAGGAGAGGGAAUGUGUGCUGUCAUUUGUAGGCUGUCCGUUGAGCAGGAAGUGUUUGCGAAUACUGGAGGUGAAAGCUCUAGUGCAGGUGACGUAAUGUCCACUGCGGCAGCUGGGAACUGCACUGUCCACAGAUGCCAGCCUCGAUCCUGAUGAGCUAUGCACUCUAACGGGCCACGCACCGGUCAGCCAGUCUUUUGUUGUUCCUUUGUUACUUUAAAAGGAAAAAAGAAAAAAGAUUGUCUCUUGACUCAUCCUUCUGCUGAUGUGAGCGGGUCACCUCCCGCCUCCCAAGUUUAACUUCUUAAUGAGAAAACUGGCCCUUUGAUGAAUGUUGCCCGCAAUAAAGUGACCUGUGCUAAUCUAUAUGUUGGAUUACGAAAUCUAAAAUGUAGAGUAUGCUUUAAAUUAUCACAUGGAUGUCAUCCUUGUGGCUUUGAAGUAUAAAAUACAGUGAGAAUACAGUUAUUGUAUUCUGCAUUAUUCCGGACUGGAUGCUGAGCAUUCCUGUUAAUUUAAGUAAUUAGGCAACUGAAAAGUCUUUUCCAAGUUAAAAUACAAAUUGUGCCAGUAUACAAAUAUUCUAAGUUUUCCAAUUUACUCUUAUGUUGGCUUUAGUGUAAAACAGACAAGGUCACUGUGGUGAUCUUAAAAAAUAAAUCAUUUUUAUAUUAAAAAAUAAAUAUUUUAUUCAAAUAUUAGACUUAAAAGAAUAAUAGUGUAAAAGUAAGGACGUGACAUGUGAGACUCCUCUCCACCUUCUUCCCAGUCACAAAGAUAUUUUGGAAUCCCGUGGUGUCCCGUACCUCUUGAUGUUAAUGAUUUUGCAUUUGUGGCUUAAAUUCCUUAGCAAAUAGCAAAAAACCAAAAACUAAAUUCGUGUGUAUCAAGAGCACCCCUUCUCUUUUUUUCCCGUAUUGCACUUUGAUUUCAAACUAUGCACUGUGAAGAGAUUCUCACCUCCACCGUGGCAGAACAGGUGUUCACCUGCCGGUGUUUUUCUGGGCCGUGGAACUUUUUUCAUUGUCACCCCUCUUUAACAACUUAGACGUGUGACUUAGACUCAGCUGAGCCUCCACUCUGAACAGGCUGGUCAGGCUGGCCACAGAUCUGGCUUGGAGGAAGCCACGUGUCACAACAACAGGGCUGCCACGCUGUGUUGAGGCUAUGGAGCAUUUGUCCUUGACUGUUAAAUGUGGCGCUUAGAGGUGGUCUGAAUGAAGCUUAUUAGGACAGUUCUGCAAUAACUCUUCUGGUAGUUUAAGCCAUUGGAUGGGGAAUAGGAAUAAGGAGGGGUCGCCCCAUAAAGAAUCCUUACUGUUCAACAGGUCCUGGCAUUUUUUUGUAUAUUCUUUUUUAUAAUAAAAUAUUUUUCAAAUUUGGGAAUCAUAGAUUACCAUUGUUGGCCUUCUUUAAUGGGACCAUGUGACACAGUCCUUUAAAACUAAGUCAUUUUAAAUGGAGUUUCAAACUUUAAAAGUGCAAGGAUUUAAAGCUGAAGCCUUUGUCCUGAUUGAUUAAAAAAUUUAAAUAUUUCUACUCUUGAUUUGAUAAAGUUGACGUCCACAAAAGGUGUCUUCAUUAGGAAUAACACCCUAACUGUCCACAUAGAUCUGUGUCACUGGUAUCAGAAAUCCCCAACAGCUUCUCACCCAUGUCCCAUACCAUCAGUGAGAAAAAUUCAAGGGUAGUGUGAUAGUCCAUUUAAUAGAGUAGUUUUGGAACAUUCUUUUCUUUGCCAUCAAUUAUGUGCCCCCACAGAAACCAUUUUUGUUGGGUAUAUUUUUUUUCAAUAUUCAGACUCAAAUUCCUUACACUCAAAUCCUUAUCAAAGCUGAAAGAUUUCUGGUGGCUUAUAAGUUUACUAGCUCUUUCUUUUUUUUAUAAGUAGGAAGGAAUUCCCUUCUCUCGAUGUAUUCUGAAGAAACUGCCGUAUACCUGUUAGGAUUUCCCUCAAUUCAUCCUGGUCAUACUAGCUCUUGAUACAGUGCAGUGAUUUGUACAGAAGAGAACUUUUGCACUCAAGUUCCAGAGCUUGGCUGGAACAGUCAGGCUGAAAUGUCUGUCACUUCUGAGGAUAUUUCUCAUAACUGAUGACAUUAACAUAAUACAGGAACAUUGUAGCAUAUGAAAAACGAAAAGGGAAAGAAAAACUGAGUUUACUUUUGGUCUUGUUUCCAAAUCUUGUCUUCCAUCUUGUUCUGUACUUCCUGACCACUCUUUUAAGAAAAACUCGCACACCUCUGAAGAAACUGGAAUAGGCUGUUAUUUUGUCAAAGUUUACAAAUUAAGUGCUUGAUUUUCAAUGUAUUCUCCAUGUUUUGAUUUUCAGCUUUUCUUAAUAUUUGAAGAUGUGCCUUUUAUUGGGUAAUGUCAGUUCACGAAUGUAGUAAUGUGAUUUCACCUUGUAAUGUUACAUGGCCGUGGGUGUGGCGUUCGCCCACAGUGACAGGGAAGGAAAGUAGUUUUCAUAAAACUCGCAGCUCUGAUUGCACAGUCCCACUUGCUUCUGAGGUUACCCUGUGGAAGCAAAGGGCGCUCUCUUUCAAAGCUACUUUGUGAACUUGUCUUUGUAUUUUCUCUCAGCUCUAAAUGCAGUUACGUCCUUUUGGAGGCCAGGGUACCACAUGUCACAGGCGGCCUUACUUGUGUGCCACGAGGAAGUUCAAAGACUGUUAACAAGAAUGAAAGUCAUUGGGAAGUCAAAAUUUCAUUUUUUUUUUAAUGGUAAUCCCCAAGAUUUUCUCCAAGAAAAUAAAUUGUUAUUUUGUAUUUUAUAACUUAAAAGCAGCUAUUAGUACAUUUCUGAGAUUAUAGCAGGAGACCAAAACAUUUUUGGAAAGAGAAUAAAUAUAUGAAGAGAGACUGGUGGUUUUAUUUUCAGCGUGCUGAAUAUAUUAGACUACUAUUUAUUUUAGUGGAUGUGAUGAAAUAAAUAUUCAGGUGUUUAGUGUAUAAUUAAGAAUGGAAUAUAGAUUUCUUUGGAGUUAUUAAAUCCAUUAUGUCUUUUACGUAAUGGACAAAUCAAGUUUAAAAAAAUACAUAGCUUAGCUUGUUUUCUGGUGCUGUUGACCUGCAAGAGAAUAUACUUUUGCAUAUACAGUUGAAUGUUUUACAAUUUAUGUAUACGAAAAAUUG